AUGCAAUUUGACAAAGCCUUUGAUCUUUGCGUGAAAACAUUUGCGUACACGAACCACACACUGUUGCCAGAAGCCCUCGAACGAUGGCCAGUUUCUCUGCUUGAGAAUUUGCUACCACGACAUCUUGAAAUCAUCUAUCAAAUCAAUCAAGUGUUCAUGGAUGUGAGUUAA